AUGGACGCCAAGCCCGACGAACUCGUGAUCUCGCUCGGUUCGAGCCAUGUUGCCCGUAUCCUCGAGCACCUCCACGAACACGCCCUCAACACUGACGUGGACUUUGAGGACGUUGUGCCGGGUCUCUCGAGCGAAAUGUGCAUGAAGGUCUGGGAGAAGCUCAAGGCGGAUGCCUCAGCUACUUCCGUGACAAUCAAAUCUCAGUCGCAGUCCAUCGAGACCGUCCCCGCCAUUCCUGACAAGAACACGUCCCAGGUUCUGGACUCGAGCCCCAGCUCCUCGACCGGCAUCCACGACUCUGAACAUGAUGACGACUCGGGUACCACCAUUCCUCGCCCUCGCGCUUUAGUCUAUGAUACCGAGGACAGCGACGCCGAAGGUGCGGGUGGCGAGCACGAGUCGGAUAUCGAAUCCAUGCGCUCGCCGUCCCCCUUCCUGGCUGAAUCCGACGAUGACGAGCUGUCCCUGCAGAUCGCCCGCAAGGCUCGUGCGGCAUUUGCUGAAGCUACGACCAAAGGUUCCAGUGCCUCGCAGCCGCCUGCCCAGAAUGGAGCCUCCAAGUCCGUCCAGCCCACUGACAAGAACGCGAUGCAGACUCCCGCCAAAGUUGAUGCCCAGGCCUUUGACUGGAUGCCCAUCAACCAGCAGCCUCCUGUCUCCACGCCCAACCAGGCGCAGCAGGCUCCCAAGCGCAGGAUCAGCGAGGGCCGCGAGGCAAUCCCCCAGUCCCCCUUCAGUGCAACCUACAAGCGCCCCAAGACCGCGGCUGCGCGCCUCGCCGCGACCCCAAAGCUUAAGAGCACCUCUGGCUGCAAGCACAACAUCUGCCUUGGCCUCGACAAGUGCCUCGUCCCUUCUUCCCCUGCCGUCUAG